AGCAUUACCAGCAAGUUUCGAUGAGAACAUUUAGAUCAAGUUUGCUUUGGACUCGAAAUUUCAAGUUUUCUUCUUUUCUUUUGAAUUCUGCUCAUCAUGUGGUCACUUAAUUGUGCGUUUUUGCUGAUGAUCUUUAUGAUCAGCGGCUGUGCGGCGAAGGGAUUUAAGAUAUUCUGUGAAUACAAUAUGGCGUCUUUCGACUAUUUGGACGAGAGCAAGUUCAGUAGCUGGGAAAUUGAUCCCAGACUCUGCUCGUAUUUGGUGUACGCCACUGGCGUGGGUGUGGAUGGGGAGACUGGUAGUGUGAAGAUCACGGACAGACAUGGAAUAUUCGAUAAUGACCUUCUGAGCUUCGCUUCGAUGACUCGGAGAGAAAACAUUAAGCGAUUGCUGGUCUCGAUCGGCGGAUGGCUAGAAGAGUCGAGCGACUUCUCCAAGAUGGCAGCGGACUCUCGCAAACGGGAACGGUUCAUAGCCUCGGUGAUCGACUUCAUAUAUGAGUGGCGCAUGGACGGCAUCCAGAUCGACUGGCGCUAUCCCACGCAGCGCGGCGGCAAGCCUGAGGAUCGGAAGAACUUUAUUUUAUUGCUAAAAGAGUUAAAGACGAUGAUCGAUGGGCAUGAAUUUAUUCUGAUGGUGACAGUUUUGGGGCGAACGGACAAGAGCACCCUGGAAUACUAUGACAUUCCCAAAUUGAUCCAGCAUGUGCAUUAUGUCAACCUGAUGUUCUACGUCAAUCGGGAUCCGUAUCAGAUGCAUCUCAGCUACAACGCCCCACUCUCUGGCAAAAAUGGCGUGAUUGAAUCCGUAAAGCUCUGGAAGAAGCUGAGCAAAGCGCCAGGGAAGCUGAUUCUGAACAUUCCCCUCUUCGUGCGCUCCUACAUUAUGGAAAACCACAAGACCAGCGUCGGUUCUCCCUGCAAGGGUCCGGGCCUCAAGACACCGCUGACCCGCAAGUCCGGCUUCAUGACCUAUAACGAAUGGUGCGUACAGGCAGACACGUAGACGCAGAAAUUUGACGAGCAGGC